CAAGAGUACACCCACUCCCGCCAAAAAAAGGUUCUGAAAAAUCAGUCCAGUUUUCUGUCAAGUCCAAGCCACAUCACUGUCCUAACCACAAGCAGGAGAAAUGAAGCACAUAACCAACCUCUAUGAAAACAUCAACGAUACAGCAAGAAACAACUCAGACUGUCCUCACGUGGUUUUGCCAGAAGAGAUAUUUUUUACCAUAUCCAUCGCCGGGGUGCUGGAGAAUCUGAUCGUCCUUCUGGCCGUGAUCAAGAACAAGACACUCCAGGCACCCAUGUACUUUUUCAUCUGCAGCCUGGCCAUUUCCGAUAUGCUGGGCAGCUUGUACAAGAUCUUGGAAAACAUCCUGAUCAUGCUCCGAAACAUGGGUUAUCUCAAGCCUCGUGGCAGUUUCGAAACCACGGCCGACGACAUCAUCGACUCCCUGUUCAUCCUCUCCCUCCUGGGCUCCAUCUUCAGCCUGUCUGUGAUCGCCGCGGACCGCUACAUCACCAUCUUCCACGCGCUGCAGUACCACAGCAUCGUGACCGCGCGCCGCGCUGCGGCUGUCCUGGCGGUCGUCUGGACUUGCUGCACCUGCAGCGGCAUCACCAUGGUGAUCUUCUCCCACAGCAUCCCCACGGUGAUCACCUUCACGUCACUGUUCCCGCUGAUGCUGGUUUUCAUCCUCUGCCUCUACGUGCACAUGUUCCUGCUGGCCCGUGCCCACGCCAGGAAGAUCUCAACCCUGUCCAGAGCCAACAUGAGAGGGGCCAUCACCCUGACCAUCCUUCUUGGCGUCUUCAUCUUCUGUUGGGCCCCCUUUGUUCUUCACAUCCUCUUAAUGACGUUCUGCCCAAACAACCCUUACUGCGCCUGCUACAUGUCCCUCUUCCAGGUGAAUGGCAUGCUGAUCAUGUGCAACGCAGUCAUUGACCCCUUUAUCUAUGCCUUCCGCAGCCCGGAGCUCAGGGAGGCAUUCAAAAAGAUGAUCUUCUGCAGCAGGUACCCGUAGCAUUACUGAUUCUCACCAGGGGGAUUCAUGAUCAUCAUG